ACAGGAACAAACCAAAGUAAAGAGCGACGUCGUCGAACAAUGUCUCGAAAGCUAGAAUAAUCAGCAAGGAUCGGUAUCAUCAAAGCUGCGAUGACGCAUACUCAGCAAGUCUGCAGUCGCGUUCGAACAGGUCGAAUUAUGUUGCACGCAAGGUACGAUGCUGUCGAGAAUGGUGGUGUAUCUUAUGCAAUGACAGUACUGGUCUUCCGAUGUACAGUUGGAUGCCUUUAUCGCUUGUGUGUCGCAUGCUCGUACGCAAUUUGGGAUUGACGCGUUUUGAGGUCCUGUUUGCGCCAGAGCCAACCCUGACCACAAAGCCAAGAGCAAAACAACAAGAGUGCUCGUCG